CGACACCAUGUGGUAUCUCCUGUCAACGUUCUGUCUGUACUGCGCAGUCGCGGUGUCAUGUAAACAGCAGAGGUUCGUGAGCUAGCUAACCAGCUACAUAGAUGUUAGGGCGUUGAUACCGGCGAUAUUGUUCAAAUGUAGCUUUCAAUCAAUACAUUUGUCUUUCUUUACCACACAUCGCAUUGUCUAGCAGGAUAAUCUGACCUGUGAGACCCUUAUCGACACCGAGGAUACCGCCUUUUGUUGUUUUGAUCAGUGAUUCGAGAAGGCUAACGCUACGGUAGCUAGCAAGUUAACGUUAGACAGCAUAGUUUGGGUUCUUGCAACGUUGAGCUUCAAAGCUCGAAUGUAAGGGCGGGUUUCUUUCUCUUACAUUGUUUACAUUUUAGCUAACUUUAGAUAGCUAUCAACCUAACGUGACCGUCUUGCUAGCUUAGUUAUAGUCUGUCAACUGUCGUUUUGCUAGCCAUGAUUUGACUUCGAAAACAGCAGGUAUACCAUUAUGAUAUUAUUGAUUUGGUGCUUUGACUGUUUGGUCGUUUCUAGCUAAACAGCUUAGCUGGUAAUACAGUAGUUAAAAUGUCAUGUUUGGGUGAGGUAGCCAAGUGUAUGUCCCUUUGUUAGUUAGCUAUAUAUUCGACACGCUGGUUUCAUGGCACUUAAAAUACCAACAUUAUGUAUUUUAGCAGGCUUGUAACAACUGUGUGGGACACUCGCUAGAUCGUUAAUUAAUUAGCUUGCUGGGCUGUAAUCAACCUGUGAGUAGCCUAGGCCGAAAACGGACUGUGACAAACAACUUGUCACUGCAGCCUAACGUUAUAUUGCCCACGACACGUAACCAGCUGCAAGGCCUGUCAUUAGGACAAUACAAUCAAUACAUGUUAACUGAAAACAGGAAACGCCAGCGGAGUGGUGGGGAAGAGGAGAAUGGCCAGCUGGUGCCUAAGGCCAAAAGGUCGAGCAGAGGAGCUAACCCCCUCUCUCCUGAGCUGGGCCUGGAUGCCUGGGACUCUGAGUUGUCCAACAGUGAGAGCAGAGGGAUUAGCAGUCCGGACCAUGCGGUGGGGAGCAGCAGCAGUAGCCAGUGUGCUGUGGACAGCCUCAGUGGGGCCCAACCCUACGCCCCUGGCCCAUGUAGUCCCCUCAGCUCGGCUCUCUCCUCAGAGCUAGCUGACCCCACUAACCUGGUCUCGUACCAUCAAAUCAACCGCAUCCUACGAGAGGCCCACUUUGAGAGUCUGCAGUGCCGAGGCCACCCCAGAGAUGCAUGAUGAUUUCCCCCCAUUCCAGCCAUGCCUCUGGGGCAGGAGAGGACCGACCACAACCUGGGCAUGCCCGGAGCAUUACAUGGUGGAUCACUCACUCAGCUCUACUACCCCUCUACAUCUCCUGUUUCCAUAACAUCACAACAGCUCUAUGCUGUCUGCAUAUCGUUGGAUGGAGACUAGCUAGUCCAGGCCUGCUUUAUUAUUGAAACUUGGCAAUCCAUUUAGAAUGUAAAAAGAAACCUGUUCAUAUUGUUGGCAAUAAUAACUCUUUGAUCCAAUUGGGAAUAUCCUGACCUGUGACUCUUUUUUUGUUGUUCCAGACCAGUCUGGGUUAUAUGCUGCAUAGUACCAGUCUGGGUUAUAUGCUGCAUAGUACCAGUCUGGGUUAUAUGCUGCAUAGUACCAGUCUGGGUUAUAUGCUGCAUAGUACCAGUCUGGGUUAUAUGCUGCAUAGUACCAGUCUGGGUUACAUGCUGCAUAGUACCAGUCUGGGUUUGUACCAUGUUUGAAAGUGAAAUUGGAGGGGCUGCAGGAACUUCGUGUCUGUACAGGGUUACUGGGGUUUGGUGUCUGUGUAGGGGUUGCUGGGGUUUAGGGUCUGUGUAGGGGUUAUUGGGGUUUAGGGUCUGUGUAGGGGUUACUGGGGUUUAGGGUCUGUGUAGGAGUUACUGGGGUUUAGGGUCUGUGUAGGGGUUACUGGGGUUUAGGGUCUGUGUAGGGGUUACUGGGUUUGGGUAGUCAUAUACUGAAUGAAAUCUGCACUAUGAAGGUUACGGUGUACUGUACGUGAAUCAAUAACUGUGAGGAUUUGUUUGCUUCCGCACUUUACAGGGGGCUAACAAUCACCUACUUUAACUAUCCAGGGUUUUGUUUAUUAGGUACCAAAUGGACUGAAAAGGGGGAAUGCCUGGACUUGUCCAUAAAAAUCAUUUGUUUAAAUUUUAUUUCGCAAUGUUUUACUACAGUGUGCCCUACUGAACAGGACCAAGGGUCAUAAAAAUAAUUUGUUUAAAUUUUAUUUCACAAUGUUUUACUACAGUGUGCCCUACUGAACAGGACCAAGGGUCAUAGUGCAACUUAAUCAGGAAAAUGUUCACCUACACCAGUAACGAAGAAGGGACCUUGGAUCUGACUGAGCUUGUAUAAAAAUGCACUGUAACCUCUGUUUUGUGACCUGUUUUUGGGGGAGCUUUGCACACGGCUUUACUACCCAAACACCUCUUAUCAAGAAGACCUUCCCUCAGCCCGGACUUGUUAGCAGUGUGGUUGAAGCCACUGAAACUGGCCUAGCUGCAAAACAAACCCACUUGAAUCCAGGUGGAUGGUUGCUGUAUGAUUCAGUCUGAAUCCAGCUGGAUGGUUGCUGUAUGAUCCAGUCUGAAUCCAGCUGGAUGGUUGCUGUAUGAUCCAGUCUGAAUCCAGCUGGAUGGUUGCUGUAUGAUCCAGUCUGAAUCCAGCUGGAUGGUUGCUGUAUGAUCCAGUCUGAAUCCAGCUGGAUGGUUACUGUAUGAUCCAGUCUGAAUCCAGCUGGAUGGUUGCUGUAUGAUCCAGUCUCUGUGAACAUCCAGGUAUUUAAAGCACCGACCAUAAGGCUGUGUGUUUUCACAGGCCCCUUUCCCCCAAAGUUGGAUUCGCUGUCCUCUUCGUGGGGGAGGAGCGCAACUGUCCCUCUUUAAGUCAAGACUAGGUUUAGUGUUAUAUCAGAAAAUAUGGUUUAUUUUUAUCAUUAUUUUUUGUAUUAAGAAUUUCUACAUGACAUCUUGCCUGCCAUUGAAAUUUUGGAUUUGAUUUAGUUUUUUUAAUUCACCUACAUUUGAAAAUAAAGAUGUUUUGAAACAGC